GUGCUAUGUUUAGCUGGCUGCUUUGUUGAGGAUUCCUCCUUGGUUUCCUGCAGGUUUUAGCGUAAGAGUUGCAAUGGAACCCAGCUGGAGUACGUUUUUAUUUCAACAGGCUAACGAGGCACUCCACCACCAGCACCAAUUAGCCGGGAACAGCCUCUUGCCGUUGCUCACUUCUGGAUCAGAGCCGCCUGAUCAGAAACCAGUGCUGCCCAUAGUGUUGGAUCAAAAACCACCAGUCAGCGCUGCCGAACUUCUCAAAGACAAUGUGGCCAGUGGCACUGGGGCAGGAGGCGGUGGAGGACCUCCACUUGCUGUGGUCAAAAAAGAGCCUAAAUCAAAGACGCCAUUUAUUUGUGGCUAUUGCAACAAGGCUUUCCGGGACAGCUACCACCUGCGGCGGCACGAGUCAUGCCACACCGGCAUUAAGAUGGUAUCGCGGCCGAAGAAGACGCAAGCAGCUCCCACCAUGGUGCCAAUCAUAUCCACUUUACCUCGAGAUAACAGUGGAAACCCUUCAUACAUUACUACUGUAGCUGGCAUUUUGACAACAGCCACCACAUCAACUGCGACAGGCACGAGUAUCAUGACCCCGAUGCAACACCAACAGCAGCAGAACAUCCCUAAGAAGCCCCCCAAACCUGUGAAAAAGAAUCAUGGCUGUGAUAUGUGUGGGAAGGCUUUUAGGGAUGUCUAUCACCUGAACCGCCACAAGUUGUCACACUCUGAUGAAAAGCCAUUUGAGUGUCCCAUCUGUCAUCAGAGGUUCAAGAGGAAGGAUCGAAUGACAUAUCAUGCACGCUCCCAUGAUGGUGGUGUUCACAAGCCUUAUAUUUGUUCUGUAUGUGGGAAAGGAUUCUCCAGGCCUGAUCACCUAAGCUGUCAUGUCAAGCAUGUCCAUUCCUCAGAGAGGCCUUUUAAGUGCCAAGUGACGGCCUGUACGUCUGCCUUCGCUACCAAAGACCGUCUACGUUCUCACAUGAUCAGACAUGAAGGCAAAGUCACCUGUAACAUUUGUGGCAAAAUGCUAAGUGCUGCCUACAUCACAAGUCAUCUCAAGACACAUGGUCAAGCCAGCUUCAGCAACCAAUGUAACAAUAAAGGCAUAAGUGACUGGCAGUGGAACCACUCAGGGCCACGAAAAGGUGAUUUGACGGUAGGAGAGAUUUUAAAUAACUCCUUCCAAGUCCUAAUUGACAACUUUCACAAAGAUGCCAACAACGUGCACAACAAUUCCGCCACGACAACGCCGGUCACCAACUCGGCAGCCAUCACUUCGGCCAUGAACCGUGGCGGCAAUGCCAGCAACCCAGUCACCAUUGCUGCUCAGAUGAACAUCACCACCAGCACGGUCAACAUUACAAACCCCGUCAACCUGCAGCAUCCCGUCACCAUCACAGGGCCUGUGAACCUAGCCUCUGUCAACAUCCCCACGACCGCCCACAUGAAUAUUGCCCACCCCGUGGCCAUCACCACCCCAAUGCCCAUGAAUAUCACCGGCCCACUUAACAUUGCCAUGAGGCCCAUGGAGAGCAUGCCUUUCCUAUCCCAGGUUCUGCCAUCCUCACCCCCUUGGUAGAAUUUGUUUUCUAGCCGCUGAGUAACUGUUGAGAAUGUAACUGCCUAAUAAUAGAUGAACCUGUCAAAAUCUGACUAUAAUUCCGUUCUCAGUGGAUGGGCAAUAUGCCUAACACUGAAGUUGGCAUACCGUCCUCAAUAAUGCAAUGACACCCUACAACCCGCAUGAAUUAUGAGUAGCAAAAAUCAGUGCUAAUAUCAAUUCGUUAAUUGUUUGUUUGUAUUUAUGAGAGGGAAAUGCUUGGGAAAAGUCUUCGUCAUUAUAGUAAUUUGUAAACAAUGAUCUACAUACUGUAUCUGACAAAUUAAUUCAUCACAUUGAUGCAAAAUAAUGUAAAUGAAAUAUUACCUCCAAAGCUGUCCCUACAAAUUUUUACAACAGAACAACUCCUUUCCUCAUUUGGAAAAUCCGAAAGGAGUUUAAGGACUUUCUCGGUGCAUCCCCGUCUUGCAAAAUAGAGCGGCGAGAGGACCUUUAUCUUUUAAUGGGACAAAAAGUAGAAGAUCUACUGUUUGGGUGGUGUCUAAUUUAAAUGAAACCACUAUAUAGUUUUAAUCCAAACAUGAAAGCAAUCGUUUAUGCCAAAGAUUUUCCAAGCAACAUGUUUCCCUUUUGAAUUCUAUAUUUGAAAAGAUUGGGAAACCCAAAUACAUUUAAUUAGGGUACUACCUGACUGAGGCCUCACAUUAGAAGCUGCUACAGGCAGUUAACUUUAAGUUUGCACCAUGUCGUAUUUUAACUUAUGCCGACAUCAUGGCAUCUAUCACAAAAAUCUCAUUUUGAUGAAAUUUGGAUGUUGUAUAAAACUUAAACGGAUUAUUUGAUUUGAAAAUAAUUUCCUACCUAUAGGCCAUUGAAUACACUACAAAGAUAUUUAUUAUCUUAAAAAAAGAAAAUUCUACAACAAUACACAUUUUGCAACAUGUUCCAAAAAAGCUGGGGCAGGCGUAUGUUACUUCAUCUUUCUUUUCCUUUCCUUUCACCUUUCCUUUCACCUUUCCUUUCCGCACAAGGUAGUCUGUGGAAUUGUUCCUAAUCUUGCUUCAUGUACAACUUCAAUUGUUCAGUUGUAUUUUCAAUAAGACACAGGUCUGGACUGCUGCCAGGCAAGUAUAGUGCACAUAUUCGUAUUAAAAGGCCUCACUGUUGUAACGUGCAGAAUGUGCCUUUGAAUUGACUUGCUGAAAUACUCUGGGACGUUCCUUGAAAAACACGUUGCUUGGAUGGCAGCAUAUGUUGCUCCAAAAACUGUAUAUACUGUUUGGCAUUAACAAUGUCCUCACAGAUGUGCAACUAACCCUAACCACACUCCCAUACCAUCACUGAUAUUGGUUUUUGAUUGUCACGCUGAUAACAGUCCAGUUUUUUUCUCUUUAGCCCAGAGUAAACGAUGUCCAUGACUGCCCAAAAACAUUUUGAAAUGCGGACUCAUCAGACCAUAGCACUCUUUUCCACUCUGCGUCACUCCAUCUUAGUUAAGCUUGGGCCCAUAGAAACUAGCAACUUUUCUGGGAUUUUAUUGAUAGAUGGCUUUCGUUUACCUGGUAGAAUUUUAUUUUAACUUGUAUUUGAACAUAGAUGUAUACAGUCAAACCUCAGUUUUUGACCACAAUCCGUUCCAGAAGGCGGUUCGAGAAGUGAAUCGUUAGAAUACCGAUGACUCAACUGCAGCGCACCGUCGAACACGCAAUCGUAGCGCGCCGCCGACCGCGCAACUGCGCCGCUCUAGUCGCAUUAUUGUGACAGAGCCGUCGCUGAAAUUUAGCAAAUAUUUUUCAAGUCCUGAUGUAUUUUCCCAAAUUUUUGUGGACCUCAGUGCACAGGGAGCUUAAUUUGGUCCGAUCGGGCAACUGCAGCGCGCCAGGCGCUCACUGUCGCAUUGCUUUAAGAGUGUCUUUGUGUUUUAGGAUGGGUUUGCUGCUCCCACUUGCUUUCUUUGGAGGCAUGAUUCGGUGUUAAUACAAUCCUCAAAGUAAUGAAAAUACAAUAACAAUGACCGGAGUCAGUCGGCAUCCGGGUCGCGCGGUCGGGUUUUCUCGGGUCCUCUCGGCUCAUCUUGCGAGGUUUGACUUCCGAAUUUUUGUUUGACAACGGAGGCAAAUAAAUCUCGAAUUUUUCGUUCGAAUUUCGAUUUGUUCGAGAACUGGGACGUUCGAAAACCGAGGUUUGAUUUAAACUGUACUCUGCGUCCCUCUCUCUCGAUAAAUUGUUUUGGACAAAUCUCUUCUCAGAGUUUUUGGUCUAUGAGAUGAAGAUAGCAGGCAGACGGAUUGCUUAUGUGGCACACGUGCUUCUUGACUCAAAAUGUUUCUUUUUGCUCUUUCUUGUCCGUAACACCCCCCCACAUCCUUUCAUACAGACAAGUAAGUCUCAGGCUCUUCCAUUGUAACAGUGGAAAAAGUUAACUAGCAUUUUUGCGCGCUUUUUGAAGCCUUUAAAAUGGCAUAAUUUCCUUUAUUCUUAACGUUUUGUUUCCUACAUUUAUAUGGGGCACAUGAGCAAUGCUAACGUUGCAAGCAGCUAAUGCUGGCAACAGGCGCCAUACGCUACAGUGCCAGUGUAAUUUUUUAGCGCCCUUAAUUAGCAAUUCAACGUUCUUUUAACACAACAUUGUGACUGUCAUAAAUAUUUUGAAUUUCUGCUGCGGCUGGCUUGACUUCUUCCUGGGUUUUUAGUUCCAGAGCACUGCCCAAGUAAAUGAGAAAAAUGCCAUGAGCAAUUUUUUUUAACAGUUGCCUGGAUUGCUCAAGGAUUUUCUGAAAGUUUUGUGAGCCCAAUUGGCAGUAUCCUACCAUAGAAGAUUUGCCUGAGGGAUUGAAAGUCACAGGGAUUCAUUGUUGGUUUUUGCCCUGUACGAUAUGAUGAGAUUUCUUUAGAUUCUCUGAGUCUUUAUAGACGUGGAUCCUAGAUAAUGAAAUCCCUAAAUUUCUUGCAAUUGUACAUUGAGAAAAGUUUAGCAAAAAAAAAAACAGUGAACGCGCUUACCUGUGAAAUGUUCCAAACAGGGUUUUCUUUUCUUCGUUUAUAAGCCUUGCUAACUUUUACUACUUUUGUUUCCCCUGUCCCAGCCUUUUUGCUAACACGUUACAGACAUCAAAUCUAAAGUACUUGUAAAUAAUAAUACUAAAAAACAAGACAUUAUCAGUUUGAGCUUUAAAUUCUUUGUCAUUGUAGUGUAUUCAGUAGAACAUGGGUUGAAAGGGAUUUCCAAAUCAUUGAAUCUGAUUUUACAUUUUACUCGACAUCCCAGGUUCAGUGGAAUUGAGAUUUGUAGAAAAUAUCUUGACUCAAACUUUUAUAUUUACAUUUUAAUACAGGUUGUAUUUUCAAACAGAUAUUCACUAGUAUUUCUAAUAUUGAAGUUUUUUUCACCAAUUAUUACAUUGUCAGCAGUUACACUCCAAACCAUAAUUUUAUUUUUUGCUUGUUAUACUUUAGUUGUUAUUAUUUUUAACAUAAUAGAUACUGUAAGUGGUUGUUAGCCAGCUCAUCGCAGCUGCAUUGCUAACAAACACAAAAGAUUUGUUAUGUGCUGGGCAUUUGAUGUCAAUAAAUGUGACACCUUACUACAACAUACGCCCAGGUGUAUUGCCGGAAGGUGAAAAAUGCUUCCUACUAAAAUUGUUUAAUGUUUUUAGUUUUAAAAGAUUUUAUAGGACUAAUCAGUAUUUAAUAGUUUCUGUAUUUUAAAGGUUAGAGUGGAGGGUGAGCGGUGUUGAGCAAUAUUUUGGAUUGUGUUGUUGUUUCUGAGACUGGCUAGAAUAAUUGUUUCAAAUCAACUCCUCCCAUAUAUUUAAAUGGCUGGAAACUGGUCACUUGUCAUCACUGCUGGAUACUCUUCACACUUUAGCGAUCUCAUCAAUUUUGGAAGGAUGGCUAGAUAAAUGAGGACAUGAUAGUUAAUGGUACUGAAAAAAAGUUUUUUGUUUGUUUUUCAACUGAAAGCAAGUCUCCUGAGGCGUUGCCCUUAAAAUACAGUAUUAUCUAAGGUCAAAUGAAAAAAAAAAAAAUCAGUUUUUUUGUUUUCUGUCUUUUUCUUUGAACUGUAGAGGUCAAUAGAUUUGCUUAGUUGCACAUGGACAGUGCAAGCCCAAAGUUGUUUGGUAUAUUAGAAUGUUUACUUGAGCAGGUAUAGGAUCCCACUUCUGUAAGUAAAACUCAGAUAUCUGACUGAGAUUAGUCUUUUAUAAUAUAUUAAUGACUGGUCUUUGUGUGUGUAAAUAUGAAACACUAUUUUGUUGCCUUUUACCUGUGGAAGCGCCAGUUUGACUUUGCACCACCAGCUACAAUGCAAGACUUGUCUAAGCAUUGUUAUGGCCGUCCAAUAGCAGGAGUGCCAAAAACCGUACCAAAUUCCUUUGUGAUGAAUUUUAAGUCAUAGUGGCUUUUUUGUGGCAGAGGAACAAUCCCAUUGGACAAAACAAGUUUGCAUAUCACACAUGAUUGAGGUGGUGUUGAUAUCCUAUUCUGACAUAAAAAACGCAAGUUGUGGCUGUUAAAAAACAUACACAACGUUUUGCCAGUACACUCUUCAAAGCCUUACUGACGAGGAAACACGGGCAAAUCAUCACCAGCAUUCUUUUAAAAAUAUUUUUCAAGUAAUUUUUUCAUACCAAUAUGUUCUUUGUAAUCUCACUAGUCUAAACGGAAUUUUGAUUAAUAUUGUGUUGGUGGAAUUAAAUAAUGUAAAUUAAUCCACCCAUUUUUUUUUUUUAUCAAUUUCAGGGUGCCACUGUCAUUCUAUUGCCCCAUUGUCGUCGCAUAAAAUUGUCAACAUUGCAAAUGUCAUGUGCCCAAACCCAAAACAGGUGGAGUGUAACCAUUGCAAUGCGAGCCCGCAAAUGGCGGUAGAAAGUUAAAAUGACUGCACCCUGAAAUGGAUGAAAAUGGGAUAAUUAAAAGGCUUAAUUCUUAUUCCACCAAUGCUGGAUUAAUCAAAAUACUGUUUCUAGACUAGUGGCACAUGGAAAUACUGUUGCAUAGAAAAUGUUUGACUGAUUUUGAAUCCUCGAUUUUCCAAUUAUUAUUUUUUUAAUGCUGAUUAACCAUGUCUAUGACAGAAUUUCAUCAAUAUUAAUUGGUAUUGAACACUAGGUGUUAGAGAUAGCUGAGCUUAAAACUAAUUCAACACAAGUUUUGAGCUCUUGCCCACAACCAUUCCAGGAAUUAUUUUUUUUUUGUGGGGAAAAAAACACCAGUUUGUUUCACUGAGGAAGGAAAGGUUUAGUGAAAUUUCACUUUUUCCGUUUUCUUGUCAAAGGUUUUAGGUAUGGUUUAUUGAAUCAACAUCUUUAUAAGUAAAGUUCUCAACAUUAACGCAACAUGAAAGCGUAAGCAGAUUUAUUUCUCAUGUUUUUUAAGCAAAGCAAUAGUAGCCUACCGCAUUGGUUUGAAAAUGUUAAUUGUCAUUCAUCAAUGCUACGCCCAGCCUGCAUAGACUUAUAAAACCACAAGCAAUCAAAUUAACAUUUGCAAUGAAUCAUGACUGUGCAAGACAAACUUUUUUUUUAUAUAUAUAAAACAUUUUCUGGCUUGUGCUUUUUUUUUUGCAGUCUCAUGUCACAAAAUGUUAGUGUUGACACACAUUGAUCUUUUUCAUAUAUAUAUAUAUAUAUAUAUAUAUAUAUAUAUACACACACACGUUUUUUUCCCAUGCAAAAUAAUUCUGGGGCUUUCUGCAAUGAAUGUUCAAUCCAGACAAAUUUGACUGUGUGAAGCCUGUUUGAAGUUGAGGAUUUUGUUCAGUGUAAACUCCGAAGCACUUGCAGCAAACCAGGAUAUGCACACUACAACAGAGUGGUACUUAAAGCGGCAUUUUAGUUUGUAGUAAUAAGAUAAGAAUUUCUGUUUGUUGUUCUCCAUGCUUCGUUUUUGGUAAUCCAGAUGUUUUCAUUUCAUUGUGUGCAUGUCAACACUGUCCUCCAAGUGAAAUGCUCUUAUGUGGAAUGGCAUUGUGAUCUUGGAAAUGUGUAAUUCAUUUAAUAGACUUUUUUUAUUUACAAUGUUGCAUGUGGACUGAGCUUGUCCUUUAUAAGUUUGAGUUAAACAACAUUUUUUUAGAAGGAUAGUGACAUAGAAAAGCAAAACACUAAAAAAAACUGGUCAAAAUCAAGCAUGUGCUGUCAUAUUACCUUUUCUAGUGGCUGCAAACAGAUGUGCCUGAAUUACUAAGCAAGAUUUUUCCACAUGCUGAUGCUUCCUCCCUGUCUUGUUUGAUGUAAUAUACUGUGAAGGAAGCCAGAUAUCAAACAACCAAACUAUGUCAUAAGCAAUUUAUUUGAUGAAACAUUAUGGUGGUGUUUGUCCAGUUAAAGUUAAACCUUGAAAUGGGAUACGAAUCAUGACUGUGCAAGAAACUGACUUUUUUUUUUUUUAAAUCAAUAACUUUGGGUGGGAGGAGAAUUUGGGGAAAAAAUAUUUGGCCAAAUCAUCUGUUUUUGAGGAAUGGGAGUGAGACGGGGUUAAUAUGGAAAAUGUUGUGAAGGCAAAUGAAUGUAUAUCUUUGUACAAACCGUUUAGAACAGAGGACUUAGUUAUAGUUAUGACAGACAUGCAAGGAAAAAACUUUUUAUAAAACAUUUUGUAUUAGAUUAUUAACAGUGAUAAGUUUUGUACAUACGUAUGAAGGCUAGGCUUUCUGGUUAGCAGAAAGGUAAAACAUUCCUACAUUUUUUUAAAAUGUAUGUUCACGGAAAAUAAUUAUGUAAACAUGCGCAAGGUUUUAUGUACCUUUUAUUUGGGUUUGUCUAAAUAAAGGAAAACAGUAAAACAUGAUUGUCAACUGGCCAUGUUCGACCUACGUAUGUCUGACGCUUUUUGGGUGGCUAAGGUGGUUUGAUGCCUAGAGCUAAGAAACCCCCACAAUAUCCAUGGAUGUGAACAGUGUGUUUACAAGCUAACCGUGUGUUUACGAGCAACGUGGCGUAUAGUUGGCCUGUUUGCUGUAAACCGCCGCUGUGAAGAUGGUUAUUGACAGAUUGAGAGCGCGUGCCAAAAAACGAGCAAAAGUUCUUUUUCCAUUCUUUAACUAUUAAACUUGGAAAUGUU